AUGUUAUUCAUUGUUUUUACAGAUAUGAAGGGAGAUAGUAAUUUUAUAUGUCCAGAGCAUAAAAGACAAUUGGAAUUUAUUUGUUUUAAAUGUAAUAUAUUGUUGUGUUCAAAAUGUUCAAACAAUCAUAAUAAGAAAUUCGUAGAUCACUCUCCAUUCUGUGACCAUGUAGAUGAUAUCAAGAAUUCAUUGGAGACUGUCAUUAGUACCGGUUCAGCCAGUGAGAGUGGCAGUGAGAGUUCAUCUAUAAAAAACAGGCUCAGUUCAAUCUGGACUACUAUAAAGUCACAGGCAACCAGACAUCAUUCUUUAGAGUCAACCGAAUCUGAGAUAUCUGCACAGUUUUCACAAUUUCAUGAGUAUCUCAUCGUAGAGGAGCACAAGUUAAAGAAAUCUAUUGUCACACAGAAAGAUCUGAUCAAGGAGCAAAUCGAUAUCAAUGUCAAUCAGUUAAAGUCGUUAGUGGAUAUUGCCAACACUUGGAAGCAUAUCGAAAAGAAGGGAGACGGUAGUGAGGAUGAUAGUCUAGUGGUUGGAAGUGAAGAUUCCAAUACAGAUUCAACAGCAGAAAGCUAUUCAUUAUCAUCAAUAAUGGAAUCUAUCAAUCAAUCCAAUUCCCUGUGUAAUUUUAUCAAUAGAAAUAGCAAUACACUCUUUGAUUAUAUUGUUCCAGAGAGUACCGAUGAGAAUAGAGAUGUAGAUUUAGUUGUAUUGGAUAUGAUUUACAAGUAUAAUCAACAAUAUUCUUUAAAGAGUACUUCUGCAACUCCAAACAACAAUAAUAACAAUGGAAAUAUGAAGUAUGAGCUAAUAGUUUCUAGCGAAAAGGUUGAACAAGUUAAAUUAUCAAUUCAACAAUCAUUCAACUUGAUCUCUCAAAGAAUCAAACAAAACUAUAUUUUCAGCAUAUUCGAUUGUGAUUCUGCAUCUCUAAUCAAUAUCUCUGACCAAAGUUAUUCAACUGAAUCAUCUUUUCAAUUGAAAGACUAUGAAUCUGGAUCGACAUACAACUCAAUGGUGCAAGCAGGUGACCAUAUCUAUAUUUUCGGUAGCAACAAACCCGAUAUUUCCAACAAAUAUUGUAGAAUCUCUAUCAAAUCAAAAUCGAUUGACCACAUAGGAGAGAUGAAAGGAAUCAAAGGAGGACAAGAGAUAUCGGUUUGCUAUGAUGGUGCAGAUCAUAUCUACUUGAUAAAUGGAUACGACAGUGAGAAUGACAUCUAUCAUCAUAGAGUCGAUAGGUUUAAUAUUAAAUCAAUGAAAUUUGAAUCGCAAUUAAAUUUCGACUGUCUCUACACCGAUUACUAUUCAUUCUUCUUCAAUGGAACUCUCUACACCGUGCCAUAUCAAGGUGGAUUACUUUAUGCAAUUAAUCCAAUCACAAGAGCGAUAGACAAAUAUAAAUCCGAUCAAAUCCUGGAUGAAAUUAGUGCAAUGUGUCACGAUAGAUAUGGAAACAUCUUUAUGCAUUCAUUGGAUGGAAGAUUCAUUAGAUUCAAUGUCGUUUCCAAAGAUAUCGAGGAGUUAGAGACUAGCAUUGAAUUGGAAGUAAAAAUAUCAAUGAUUUAUCAUCAUAUCUCUAGCAAGGAAGGUUUAAUUUAUUUAUUGGGUGGCUGUAAUUAUGAUAAUCAUAUAUAUAACAUUGAGACCAAUGAAUGGACAACUUUCGAUGAUGAUAAAGAUAGAGAUUUUUGUGGUGCAUCCAUCAUUACAAUGUAG